AUGGGCGGCCGCGGCGCCCCCUUGUGUGCAGCGCAGCCCGCGGUGGCCGAGGGCGGCCUGACCCGCGAUCCGCUGCCGCUGCUGGAGGUGCCCCCCCGCAAGAGGCUGCCCGCCGGGCCCGACCAGGACCCAUGUGGCAGCCGCCCUGCGCCCGAGGGCGCCGGGGCCGGCGCGGAGCAGGGCCACUCGGCCGGUGGAGGCGGCUGGUGCCGCCACUGCCACACGAAGCUCGUGGAGCUCAAGCGACAGGCGUGGAAGCUGGUCAGCGGGCCCGGGACUCCCCUUCGGGAGCCCUGCCUCUCUGCCCUGCUCCUCGACAAGCUCCCAGCGCCCGGGGUCCUGCCGGCGUGCCGCCCGGAGGCCGAGAGCCGCUGUGACGUCUGCGCCACGCACCUGCAGCAGCUCACGCGGGAGGCCCUGCACCUGCUGCAGGCCCCGGCCAGCCACGAGGACCCCGACACCCCCCGGGGAGGCCCUGGCCUCGCACCUGCCGGCCCCAGCGCCAUGACCAGCCUCAGGGAUGCUCCGGGACCGACGGGCCCUGCAGGGAAGCCGCCGGGACGAGCAGGGCCCGACAGGGCGAAGGCGCCGGCCUGGCCGCCUGGGCCCAGUGUCCAGGUGUCGGUGGCACCCGCGGGCCUCGGGGGGGCCCUGAGCACAGUCACCAUCCAGGCCCAGCAGUGCCUGGAGGGCAUGUGGAGCGUCUCCAGGGUCAACAGCUUCCUCCCGCCCGCGUGCCUGGCCGAGGCGGCGGUGGCUGCAGUGGCGGUGGCAGACACGGUCCGAGACGGCCCCCCCACAGCGAGGCCCGAUGGCCUGUUGAAGGCGUGGGGCCGUGGUGGGGGCUGCACGUCGGCCCUGGUCACCCCGGCUCUGGGCACCUCGGCGGGGGGCUCCACGGGCCCGUCAGCCGCGGCCUCCUUCUUCAUAAGGGCCGCCCAGAAGCUCAGUCUGGCCUCCAAGCGCAAGAAGACCCACCCGCCGCCGGCUCCGGCCACCCGAGGCACCUCCGUGUACCCCACCGACUUCAGUGGGGUCCUGCAGCUGUGGCCGCCCCCCGCACCCCCCUGCCUGCUCAGGGCCACCUCCAAGGCCAAGGACAACUCCGGCAGCGUGGGAAAGGUGAAGGUCGUGCUGCGGGUCUGGCCGGCCCAGGGGGCCCAGCGCUCGGCCGAGUCCACGUCCUUCCUGAAGGUGGACCCUCGGAAGAAGCAGGUGACUCUCUAUGAUCCAGCUGCCGGUCCCCCGGGCAGUGCAGGCCCCCGGCGAGCCGCCACCGCAGCAGUGCCCAGGUUGUUUGCCUUUGAUGCCGUCUUCCCCCAGGACUCCGAGCAGGCUGAGGUCUGCUCGGGGACCGUGGCCGACGUGCUGCAGUCUGUGGUCAGUGGGGCUGAUGGCUGCAUUUUUUCCUUCGGCCACAUGAGCCUUGGGAAGUCGUACACCAUGAUUGGGAAGGACAGCUCGCCCCGCAGCCUGGGCAUCGUGCCCUGCGCCAUCUCCUGGCUCUUUAAGCUCGUCGCGGAGCGCAAGGAGAGGACGGGCGCCCACUUCUCCAUCCGCGUCUCGGCCGUGGAGGUGUGCGGCCGGGAGCAGAACCUGCGGGACCUGCUGGCCGAGGUGGCCUCUGGCAGCCUCCAGGACGCCCAGUCUCCAGGAGUGUACCUGCGGGAGGACCCUGUGUGUGGGGCGCAGCUCCUGAACCAGAGCGAGCUGAGGGCGCCCACGGCGGAGAAGGCGGCCUUCUACCUGGACGCGGCGCUGGCGGCCCGCAGCACCAGCCGCGCGGGCUGCGGGGAGGAUGCCCGGCGCAGCUCGCACAUGCUGUUCACGCUGCACGUCUACCAGUACCGCGUGGAGAAGUGCGACCGGGGAGGAAUGUCCGGAGGCCGAAGCCGCCUGCAUCUCAUUGACCUGGGCAGCUGUGAGGCGGCGUCUGGCAGGGUUGGGGAGGCUGCCGGGGGACCCCUGUGUCUGUCCCUGUCGGCCCUGGGCAGUGUCAUCUUGGCCCUGGUCAACGGAGCCAAGCACGUGCCCUACCGGGACCACAGACUCACCAUGCUGCUGCGGGAGUCCCUGGCCACCACCAGCUGCCACACCACCAUGAUCGCCCAUGUCUCGGAUGCACCGGCCCACCACGCCGAGACGCUCAGCACUGUGCAGCUCGCUGCCCGCAUCCACCGCCUGCGCAGGAAGAAGACCAAGUACGCCUCCAGCUCCUCGGGCGGGGAGAGCUCCUGUGAGGAGGGCCGCGCCCGCCGCCCCCCGCACCUGCGGCCCUUCCACCCGCGCACCGUCGCGUUGGACCCCGACCGCCCGGGCCCUGGGCUGCCCAGAGACCCGGAUUACUCAUCCAGCAGCGAGCAGUCCUGUGACACCGUCAUCUACGUGGGGCCGGGCGGGGCGGCGCUGUCGGACCGGGAGCUCACGGAUGACGAGGGCCCACCCGACGUCGUGCCCAUCAUCCCCGCCCUGAGCCGCCGCCGGCCGUCCGUGGGCCCGCGAGACGCCGACCACUUCCGCUGCAGCACCUUCGCGGAGUUGCAGGAGCGGCUGGAAUGCAUCGACGGCAGCGAGGGGCCCCCGGGGCCCCCAGGUGGCUCCAACGGGGCCUGGGCCAGCCCCGCCCGAGGGAGCAGGAAGCCCUUAGCACCCGAGGCUGCGGCCCCCAGGAAGGCCAUGGGCUCCCCGAUGGCGGCCAGCACCCCUCAAGGCAGCCCCGGCCUGGACACCCACCGGGGUGCCCCGGAGCCCUCCAAGGCCAGCGCCUGGGGUGACCAGAGCGAGGACGGCGGCACCCGGCCUGCGUUGCCCACCCUGGACAAGGCCCCAGGGGGUGGGGGUAGGAGGCCACUGCCCAGCCCGGCCCCUCCGCCCCUUCAGCCAGAAGCUCCCAGAGCCCCGGAGGAGUCCAGCGGAGGGGACGCGGACAGUGUGGUGCGGACGCCCCCCGUGGGCACGAGUGGGCCCCCCCUGCUCCCAGACGUGGCCUUCCCCUGCCCGACUGCUCGCCGCCACUGUCUGGAGCGCAGCCUGCUGACCGCCACGGUGACCCUGCAGCAGCCCGUGGAGCUCAAUGGCGAGGACGAGCUGGUGUUCACGGUGGUGGAGGAGCUGUCCCUGGGCGGGCUCGCGGGUGCGGGGCGGCCCCCCAGCCUGGCCAGCCUGGGCAGCAGCUGCUCCCUGCAGGCGCUGGCCUCGGGCUCCCGGCCCGUCAGCAUCAUCAGCAGCAUCAACGACGAGUUCGAUGCGUACACCUCGCCCGCCCCCGAGGGCCUGGGCAGCCCACCACUCGGUCCCCCGCCGCAGCCUCCCCUCAGCCCCGACUCGCCCACGGGGCCCGACGCCCCCGCCUUGGACAGGCCUCUGGAGGGCGGCGGCCGCGGCGUCCCACAGCAAGACGGAGCCGACAGCCCUGGCCCGGCCCGGGGUCCUCAGCCCUUGGAGGCAGCGCCGGCCCCACCGGGGAGGGAGCCCCAUGCUGGGUCCCCUCCGAUGGUGGCCACGGCACAGACCAUCCACUCCAGCCUCCCGCGGAAGCCGAGGACUACCUCAGCGGCCAGCCGCGCAGGCUGCGCUCACCUGGGCCAGAGCCCGCCUGGCCGAGGCCUGUUCGAGGACCCGUGGCUGCUCCGGGUGGGUGACUGUGACGUGCUCCAGGCGGCCUCCACCGGCAGGGCCCCCAGCCCCACUCCGGGCUGCCCCCGGCUGCCUCAAGCCCAGGCGACACCGGCUUGUGCCCAGAGGGUGGUGGCCGGGUGUGAGGUGGCGGCCAGGGUGGCCCACAGGCCGGAGGCUGUGGCCCGGAUCCCGCCGCUGCGGAGGGGUGCCACCACGCUGGGCGUGACCUCGCCUGCUGUGUCCUGUGGGGACACUCUGGCCGAGGCGGCGGGCUGCUCCGGCAGCCUGAAGGCCUCCCCCACCGGCAAGAAGAGCAUGGCUCCCAAGGGGGGCUUCUUCCCGAGGCCCAGUGGGGCAGGCCCCCCGGCCCCGCCGGUGCGGAAGUCCAGCUUGGAGCACAAGAACGGCCCGGCCCUGGCACCCACCCAAGCUGUGGGUCUGAUGCGGGUUGGGGCUGCCACUGUCAUCCGAGGGGAGGAGGAGGCCAGGCCCAGCGGCCGGACUGACCACCCUGUCCCCAGGGCCACAUCCAGCCUGAAGGCCCGGGCCGGCAAGGUGGAGGCUGUGUACCGUCCUGCUGGCCACGGGUCUCUGGAGCGGUACGAGGGUCUGGCCCACGGUGGCAAGGUCAGGGAAGCCCCUGGGCGACCGCCCCGGGCCGUGCCCAGGUUGGGUGUGCCGCCUGCCAGCCCCACGCCGGGACCGGCCCCUGCCUGCAGGAGCGGCCUGGCCAAGAGUGUGGGGGCCCCGAAGGCCCCGCCUGGUGGGGCCAAGGGCCGGAGCCUAGUGGCCAGUGGGUCACGGGCUCUGGGUGCUUCAGUCAAGCCUCUGGCCUCUGUGGCGGGCAGGACCCCCGGUGGCCCUGUGACAGGUGCCAGGGUGGCCCCGAAGUCUGGGCCGGGUGUCGGGGCCAAGACUGGCCGGGGCACCAUCAUGGGCACUAAGCAGGCGCUCCGGGCUGCCCACAGCCGUGUCAACGAGCUGGCGGCCAGCGCAGCCCCCAGCAGAGGCAGCCCCUCGUGGGGCGCGGCCGACUCGGACAGUGGCAAUGACAGCGGCGCGAAUGCUGGUGAGGAGCGGCCGCCCCCGUGCCCGGCGCUGCCCUCCCCCUACAGCAAGGUGACGGCGCCGCGGAGGCCCCAGCGCUACAGCAGUGGCCACGGCAGCGAUAACAGCAGCGUGCUGAGCGGGGAGCUCCCGCCUGCCAUGGGCCGCACGGCCCUUUUCUACCACAGCGGUGGCAGCAGCGGCUACGAGAGCAUGAUGCGGGACAGCGAGGCCACCGGCAGUGCGUCCUCCGCCCCCGACUCCAUGAGCGAGAGCGGGGCCGCCUCCCCCGGCGCCCGCUGCCGCAGCCUCAAGUCUCCUAAGAAGAGGGCCACAGGUCUGCAGAGGCGGCGGCUGAUCCCGGCGCCACUGCCGGACGCCGCUGCCCUGGGCCGCAAGCCCAGCCUCCCCGGGCAGUGGGUGGACCUGCCCCCGCCCCUGGCCAGCUCCCUCAAGGAGCCCUUCGAGAUCAAGGUGUAUGAAAUCGACGACGUGGAGCGCCUGCAACGGCCGCGUCCGGCCCCGCGGGAGGACCCAGCCGAGGGCCCGUGUGUCGGCUCGAGACUGAGGCAGGCGGAGCGCAGGCAGCAGCGGCUGCAGGAGGUGCGGGCCAAGCACGAGCGCCUGUGCGCAGAGCUGGCCGAGACCCAGGGCCGGCUGAUGGUGGAGCCCGGCCGCUGGCUGGAGCAGUUCGAGGUGGACCCGGAGCUGGACCCGGAGUCGGCCGAGUACCUGGUGGCCCUGGAGCGAGCCACGGUGGCCCUGGAGCAGUGCGUGAACCUGUGCAAGGCCCACGUCAUGAUGGUCACCUGCUUCGACAUCAGCAUUGCUGCCACCGCAGCUGUCCUGGGGCCGCAGGAGGUGGACGUCUGAGGCUGGCAGUGGGCACGGGAGGGGACGUGCAGGGGGUGUGAGGGCGGCAUGUGGGAUGGAGCGCGGAUGUGUCGCGGUUGCGGGAGGAGGACGCGGGGCUGUGCGGGACGCCGGAUGGGGCCUGCGAGAGAGGAGAGCAGGGGCGGGAGGGCCGGCCUAGGGGAGGGAG